AUCAACCCAGGUAGUCCCUGGCUAUGACUGGCUAAUCCCAGUCCGUAAUCUUCAGUAGUGCCAUCACCCCGCCGCCUCGAUCCUCCCUAUAAACAUAUCCCACCCUGUCCUUCCCGCCACCUGUCCACACCACCAUAACCACCUCUCCCAAACAAAUUCCUCGAAAUGACCCUCUCUCUACACAUCAGCGACGAAUCCACCGGCACCCAAGAGCGUCUAUUCAAGUCCCUAAACGACUACCUACAGUCCGAGGGGUCCAUCUCCGCCAGCAGCACCGCGCAGCGCAUCGACGCGGAGAAAUCAUCCCUCGGAAUAACCGACCCGGGCGCAUUCUGUCAAGACACGUGGCUGAUCAUCCGGGCGCUGGUGUUCCAGAUUCCGCAUGACCAUGUCUAUCAGGACCGAUUGGUUGAGGUUGUCGAUGCGUUGACGAAGUUGCCGGCCACGGAGAUCGAGGUCUGGGGUGAAAAGAAACGUAUGUGGACGGAUCUCCCUCUCCUAGGACCUCAGAUGCGAGAGGAUUGGAACCCGCCGGAGUACAACACCAAAAAGGCCGAAUCGUGGCCCUCCGCCGCCCUGAAAUGGGUGAGCCUGAACGCGUUCGCCGCGCGACUGUUACGCCUCGAGUCCGUAACGUGGGGAAAUUUCGGGCUGUGGACGAUCCGCGACGUCCUGGAGGAAGAGACAUCGGGGCCGGAGUAUGAGGCCGGGAUCGACGCAGUGGCGGUGUGGAUCAAGUACGCGGGCAAACAGAUAUACGAGACAUCCCAAACGAGCGAUAAGCCGGAGGAACGGAUGUUCAAGCCGGGGUCGUUGUAUUCGGGUCCGUCGAAGUACUGCGUGGAGCGAUGGGCGUUUUGGAAGGAUCGUUUGGAUCAACUGGGUGCUCUGGGAGGGGAGACAGCGGGUAGGGCUCAGGAGACGAAGAGGAUCAUGGAGGAGAUUGAGAGAGGAUAGAAGGUUGAUUGGAGUUAUCCAGCAACCAGGUAGAAGGAAUACCUUCCUGUUGCAAACCAAAUAACAAACUACGUCCUAAGAAAGCAACAACUGCGAAUUACACCGUGAAUUGGCAACCUAGCUAACACCGCAGCUUAGAUACAUCGGCCG